AAAUCACCGCGCGUUUCACUGAGCCAUUUAGAUUCAUGGUGUCAACUGAGCACUGUCGCCCUGAGCGAAUUUUAGUGAAGACUAAAAUAGCUGUAUGUAGCAUUACUCAGUUGGCCGACACAGCUGAAAGAGCAUAUCAAGUUGUGAAUGGAUGUACAGUAUUGAGGCACAACGCCAGCUUAUUUCUGAGAAAGUAUCUAGGCCUUAGCUGGCUGAGAUGAACCACAACACAAUACAAAUCCCUCUUUAUUUUUAGGCAGACGAACACAGGUUGCCCCACUUCCUCAGUUCAACGCUUGAAUUUUCGAGGUUUACAUUCCUCACUUGUGUCAGUCUUGUGCUUUUGACACCCACAUCCUGCCCAAAACCCCACGACUCCCACAGCAACCUUGAGACGUUCAUGCUCCAGCACACCCCAGACCAGUGGGAACACACAACGAUGGCGCGGUCUGAGUGACGCAACAGCAUCCACAGAGAGAGUCAAAUAUUAUUCUGACCAUGGCGGUGACCACUGCAAAGACAACGGCAAGCAUCCUCUCCACACCGGUGCCCACCACCACCACCACCACUAUCCCCUUCCCCUCCACUGCUGCUAGAGACAAUAUCACCAGCAGGACGACGUUAAUGACUGUUACCAUCACAAGGAACGAAACAAGUUUUAAUGCCACCACGUUUCCGGAGGCAGUGAUUGAGGGCUCCGGGAUGGGAAUGGUCCUUGUGCCCUUCGGCAUCAUCACUGUCAUCGGAUUAGCACUUGCUCUAUGGCUGUACAUUCGGAAAAGAAAGCGGUUGGAGAAGCUGAGGCAUCAACUCAUGCCCAUGUACAACUUUGACCCGGCUGAAGAACAAGAUGAUCUGCUUGAACAGGAACUGCUGGACCACGGCCGGGACGGCAACGUCGCUGGUCCAAACGCCAAGACUCUCACCACCUCGCAGGGAACGACGCAGAGACCCAGUCGGCUGGUCUUCACAGAUGUAGCCAAAGCUCUCAAUGCAUAACAGCGUGCUUCCAUGUGCGGGAAUGCCAGGCUAUGUUGGCCACUCAGGAAGGAAAAGUGGACACUUUUUAAUGAAUCUUUUCAUGAUGAUGAUGAUGAUGAUGACACGGUAUGUGAAAACAGGUCGGUGCAUGUCUUUAUAAAGGAACAUGAAGGGAAGCUUCACCUGCGAUCUUGCACUUUUAUCAUCGACCACCUAAGUGUGAAGGAUCCCCACAAAAAGAAAUUCCGACCACGAUGGUCGGGAAAGCUCCUCUUUCACUUCGAUAUCUUCCAUGUCUGAUGAGCGACGAGUGUAAAUUGGUGUCAAACUGCUAUUGUGAUUGUAUCUCAUCCAUCACUGGACAUGUUUACAUCCUCACAUGGAACUCCUGUCGAACGUUUUGUUUCUUCAUAACUGCUUGACCAAGUGUUGUGUCCGUCUGUAUACAAUAAAAGUC